AACUCCGAAUUGCUGGUGUGCUCAACGGAGAAGUCCCCGCAGCGCAUUUUCGGGAGGCAUUGGCCAACAACCACUAUCAGUAUUCAUCCAAUUGAGAGAAUGACGGAGCCUACCCCCACAUCCAGCAACAACAACAACAAUAAUGCAGGAGACUCAUCCUUGGAAUCUCCUAAUUUUGUCAGUGGAGCAGCAGGACAGAAUUUGUUUCCCAUUGAUCCUUCUCCAGCGUCUCAAUCCACCACGCAGUGGUCUCCAGCAGGAGGCGGUGCCCAAUCUGCGUCACGUCGUCCACCUCGUCGUUUCUUUGAAGCAGGUGGUGACGGCUCUACAACAACAAGAAGGCUGAAACAUCCAACUGAUCAGCAGCAACAGCAUGCACAUUGGGCCAAAGAGAAGUACUUGUCAUCAUUUCCAACUGGGCCAACCAGUAGUACUACUACUACUGGGUCCAUCAGAGGAAACCCGAACGAAGAAAUGACGGAUGACAAUGUCAUGGCAACCAGCAACGACAAAUCAGUGAUUAUUGAUGGCAUUGACACUAAAGUGCUGCGAACAAUGACAAAAAAUGCCCUGGGAACUGCCUCUCAUUCUCCAUUACCAUCCACGGCAGUCUUUUACGCUAGUUUGCUCUAUUCCAAAACCAAUUCACUGCAAGACUGUUUCCUGUAUGCUCAAACCUUGUCACGCAAUGGAGAAUCCAAGCGGUGUGUCCGUUUGCUGGAGGAAGCUGGACUAUUGGAUCAUCCUGGCAUUGCGCCUACUACUAUUAACAACAAGAGUCCAUCCUUGUAUCUGGAAGCAGUGCUGUUGGCAGCUGAAGCAUUGUCGGCAUUAGUGGAAUGGCAAAGCGUCUUGGAACUAUUGGAAGAUGCGUGCCAUUCAUGGGGAAGUAACGAGAGUGCUCACGCGGCUCUUGGUGCUCCUCAACCUCUAGAAGACGAAGACGAUUUUGCAUGGCAAAGCCUUUUCCAACGACAUGAACAUUCCGAGGGAUACCUUCACCCUGUCUCUCGCUUGUGCCUAUGGCGCGGUAGAGCCUACGCUGAAACGGGACAUCCACAACGAGCAGCAUUGUACUGGAAACGAGCCAUUCAAAUGGACCCCAAGUGUGUCCAGGCGUUGGAUUUCUUGCUGGAACGAAGCGUGGUGACACCUCGAGAAGCAUUUGAAAUCAUCCAGAGCUUGACUAUGGAUGAGUCCAUGGAGUGGCUCAGGCUCAUGUACCUUGCGCGAAUUGAUUUAUCGCCACAAGACGGUUUGGGUGGUACUACCACCGAGGAUGCAGCGCAACAACAACAAAGUAUCGAUGUGCACAAUCUUUCAUCAUUGUCUCGAGGCAUGACCCCCAAGUCGGCAUUUGGCAUGAUGAAUGAAGACCAUCCAUAUCUUGAUGCAUCCUCCAUCCAGCUGGCAUCGCCAUUCAUGUUGGCCACACCCAAUGGAAAUCCAGUCACAUCCACCAUGGCUAUGGCUGGAUCCAAUCUACGUGGGAUCCUCUCCACUGGCGGUGGCAACAAGUCCAAUGCUGCAGUCCACUUUGACUACAGCACCACUGUGGACAACAAUGCUGGGCGGGAUGAAGAACAAGAAAAAAUGGCAACAGCAACGACAAAGGGGAAAUCCACCAUCCAACAAAGCGUAGACGAUGCAUUUGCUAAACUGUGGCAUGUUCACAAAUUAGAUCAAUCCCCCGAAGUCUUGGCCAUGGCUGCCAGGAGGGCCUAUCGACGAUACGAUUUAAAAAGCGCCCUUGCCCACUGCCAGCACCUUGCCUCUAUUGACCCUCUCUGCCAAGCGGCGGGGUAUGUGUAUAUUGCAACUCUGGCUGCACUAGGGCACAAACGGCACCUCUUUCGAUUGGCACAUGAAUGGGUUGCCGCAUCCCCGAAAUCGGCACGGGCUUGGUUUGCGGUGGGGAGCUACUAUUACUGUUGUGAACGCUUUCACGUGGCACAGCGACACUUUUGCCGUGCGACAAGGUUGGAUCCACACUGCACAGAAGCUUGGAUUGCAUUUGGGUGUUCCUUUGCAGCCUGUGAUGAGUCCGAUCAAGCUCUGGCUUCCUUCAGAGCGGCUCAGAGGAUUUCACCGGGUGAAUACGCCUCCUUUUUGUACAUGGGGAUUGAGUACCUUCGAACGAAUCACUUGGUAUUGGCGCAGUACUUUUUGAAUGCAGCUUGCAAAGCCAGUGGUGGCGAUCCGCUCUGCUUGAACGAACUGGGUGUUUUGGCCAUGCACAGGUCUGACUAUACCAGUGCCAUUCGAUGGUUCAGCCGUGGUCUUGGAGCUUGUGUCCACACGGAUGGACAACAACAUCAACAACGGAAAUCUGUGGCAGAGAGCAUCCAGUUGUGCCAGGAGAAGCAUUGGGAAGCUACCAUUUUCAAUCUGGGGCAGUGCUACCGCAAGACUAGGCAAUUUAGCAAAGCAGCUCAUUGUUUUGAAAGAUGCAUUGCGUUAUCACCUGAAAACUGCUCCGGCUACGCAGCACUUGGAUUCACCAAGCAUUUAAUGGGCAACUUGGACGAAGCGAUUGAUUCUUACCACCAAGCCCUUGGUUGCAAGCCUGAGGACCCAUUCAGCACUGAGAUGUUGAACAAGGCGCUGCAAGAAGUGCUGUCGGCAACAUUCAGUAGUUCUGAGGAUGAAAAUACCUUGCCAAAGCACCACAAUCUGCACCCCGGCAAUAGUAGCAACACUCCUUGCCGUUUUGGGAAUGAUACAGCCACUGACCACGACCAAAUUUCUCUGAGCAAGGACUACACUGGCACCAGUAUGUUGAGCGAUGAUGGGGCCAAUCUUUCAGUGGAAAGCGACGUCGACAUGAGUUUGGCGUAGAGUUUCAAUUGGCUUGGUUGGAUAGUGCCGUCGUGGAGUAGAUAAUCCAAGGACGAAGUUGUUCUUGUGGAGCCUGCUGACACUGGAGAUAACUCUCCUUUCUUGGGUUGGGUUGGGUUGGGUUGAAGAAGAGUAGAUAAUCUAUAAUAGCCAUUUCAUUAUCAGUGG